AACGAAAAAAAAGAAAAAAAAAAAAGAAAAGAAAAAGAAGGAAAAAAAGAGAAAAAAAGGAGAAAAGAAAAGAAAAGAAAGAGAAAAAAGAAGAACACCCCAAGUGAAGUUUUCUUUUCGAACGGGAAGAACCGGAAGUUGAGCCGUCCAUCUGGCACGUGACACGCUUCACCACCGUUAUCAUGCACACCGGGAUAUCCAGAGGCAACAAUGAGGAAGCUGAAUCGACGUAACGGUCUACGCCAGGAUGGCCAGUUGGCCGCUGAGAAUCGUACUUCUGUCCAGCACCCUCAUCCUUGUCCGCGGGCGGGGAGUGGUGCUGGACAGUCAGGGGCCUGUGCUGAUCUCGGAGCCGCGCUCCUCGGUCGAAUUCUCGAACGAGACCGGGGCCAUGAUCCAUUGCUCGGCCCAGGGCAGCCCGUUGCCGAGGAUUGAUUGGCUUAUGGGGGACGAGUCGCCGGUCCUCCCCAUACCUCACAUACGCGAGAUGCUGGUCAACGGUUCCAUGUACUUUUUGCCCUUCGGAGCGGAGACCUACCGACACGACGUCCACUCGGCCGUGUACAGAUGUCAAGCCUCGAACAGCGUCGGUAGGGUGUUGGGCCGUGAAAUCACGGUGAAGGCCGUCGUGCGUCAAAAGUACGAGGUUCAAGUGCGAGACGCCUACGUCCUACCUGGAAAUACCGGUGUGCUCAGGUGCGAAAUACCGACUUUCGUUAAGGAAUACGUGGCAGUCACGUCCUGGGUUCGAGAUUCUGCCUACAACAUCUUUCCUACGCCGAAGAGCGAUGACAGACAUCACAUGCUGCCGACCGGGGAGCUGCUGGUGUUCUCGGUGACAUCGUCCGACGCCCAGUCGAGCUAUCGUUGCAGGACCGUGCACCGUGUCACCGGCGACACCGUGGAAAGUUCCUCGUACGCGAGGCUCGUGGUCACCGACCCUCACACCCCGGUUCCGCCGAGGUUCAACGAACGAGUGAGUCCAGCGCCUAUAAGGACGGGGGAGACGAUCGUCCUCUCCUGCAUCUCGCAGGGAAUCCCGCCACCCAUGUAUCUGUGGUUCCGCGAGUCCGUGACGGGGACCGCGAUGAUCUUCAAUUCGGAGAGGAUCUACGCGAGAGCGGGGGUCCUCGUGCUGCAAUCGGCGAGGGCAGAGGACGCGGGGCGAUACGUGUGCCACGCCAACAAUACGGCCGGUUCCGAGAUGGUCGAAUUGGAAGUCUCCAUUAUAAGCAGCCUCUCCAUCCACCUGGUCCCUCAACAGGUUAACGCGGCGCCGCAGCUUCUGUACAAAUUCAUCGAACAGACCAUCCAGCCUGGCCCUUCGGUGUCGCUCAAGUGCAUCGCCACCGGGAACCCGACGCCGCACUUCUCCUGGACCCUGGACGGUUUCCCUCUUCCGCAGAACGACAGGUUUAUGAUUGGGCAGUAUGUGACGGUGCACGGGGACGUGAUAUCGCACGUGAACAUCAGCGUGGUGCACGUGGAGGACGGAGGGGAGUAUCGGUGCACGGCGGCGAACCGGAUGGCGAAGGUCCACCAUUCGGCUCGUCUCAACAUUUACGGCCUGCCCCACGUACGCCCGAUGGGGAACUACGCGGCAGUGGCCGGCGAGACCACCGUCAUCAAAUGUCCGGUCGCUGGUUUCCCGAUAGCGAGCAUCACUUGGGAGAAAGACGGGAAGGUGUUACCGACGAGUCGACGUCAGGAAGUGUUCCCGAACGGUACGCUGGUGCUGCAUCACGUCGACAGAAGCACCGAUCACGGUGCAUACACGUGCACGGCGAAGAACAAACAAGGUCGCUCCGACUCUCAGACGGUCCACAUCGAAGUGAAAGUUCCACCCACGAUAGCUCCCUUUAGCUUUAACAAGGAUCUGUCGGAGGGCGUGCGUGCCCAGGUAACUUGCAUGGUCGAGAAGGGCGAUCCUCCGUUCACGAUCGCCUGGUCCAAGGACGGCGAGGCGAUCGCCGGGCCGAGUCCAGCUGCAGGCUUCGGGAACACCGGGAUAACCGGUCCCAGACACACGCAGACACCCGCCGGGCUACGCGUAACCAACAUUGACGCCCAUUCCAGUACCAUAGUUAUCGAGCGCGUGAGCGCUGCGCACUCGGGCAACUAUACUUGCAUGGCGCGCAAUUCGGUGGCCGAGGUCCUAUGGACGGCCGAGUUGAUCGUUCGUGUGCCACCCCGUUGGGUGAUGGAGCCCCAAGAUGUCCGUGCCUCGGAGGGGAUGUCGCGGCUGGUGCUCCACUGCCACGCGGACGGAUUUCCGCCCCCGGCGGUCUCGUGGCGGCGGGCCAGCGGCAAGAAGCCUGGAAAUUAUCGCGACAUAGUGACGCACGAGCACGCCCAGAAUCUGAGGAUACACUCGAACGGGUCGCUGGUGUUUGGACGGGUGCAAGAGGACCACGAGGGAUUCUACUUGUGCGAGGCUGUGAACGGGAUCGGGGCAGGACUUAGCAAAGUCGUGCAUCUCACGGUCAAUGUGCCCGCCCAUUUCGCGGAGAAACACCGUAACCAAACAGCGAGGCUGGGCUCGAGCGCGUCCCUGCGCUGCGAAGCGAAGGGCGAUCAUCCCUUGAAGAUACUUUGGAAGAAGAUGGGCGCCCACCUGGAGCAGAAACUGUCCGACUAUCGGUACACGCUUAAGGAGGAGAACACGACCGACGGCAUCAUCAGCACGCUCGAGUUUAUAAGCACGAGUCGAGAGGACAGCGCGAGAUACUUCUGCAUAGCCUCGAACGCUUACGGCCGCGACGAAAUGACGAUCCACCUGUACAUACAAGAGCCGCCUGACUUCCCCCGGAAUCUUCACGUGAUCGAGAAAGGAAGCCGUUACAUCAACAUCAGUUGGACGACCAGCCAGGAUGGCAACAGCCCCAUCACCCAAUACAUCAUCGAGUACAAGACGGACACCGGUAAUCGUUCGUUCGCAUGCUUUCCUUCGUCAUCGAAUCUUGGGGACGAUUCGUAUUCGAAAAAAAAAGAAUUUUUCACAGUUCCACCUGCGGCUCCGUUGCUUCACGCGACCAGCGCGACGAGUAAUUCGAUCAACGUCCAAUGGAAGAACAGGGACGAUGGCGGCGCUCCGAUCAGGGGUUAUAUCCUCCACUACAAACGGGAAUCGGGCGAAUGGGAGGAGAUGAAGGUCUCCCACAAGAUCAACAGUUUCGUGUUGUCGAGGUUGUGGUGCGGGAACGAUUAUCAAAUGUAUCUGACGGCGUACAAUCGGAUCGGCAUGGGCUCGCCAAGCGAGAUAGUGAAAGCGACGACGAACGGAUCGAAGCCGGAGAACUCGCCCAGCAACGGUGAUAAAUUCGUCACCGUGAACGUGUCGUGGAUCACUCUUCAUCUGAGCAUGUGGAACGACGGGGGAUGCCCUAUCACGCAUUUCGAGCUCGAGUACAGGAAGAAUGGCGAAGAUAUUUGGACGUUGGUGUCGAAUAAUAUCGAGGUGCAGAAAACGUACACGUUGAGCGAGCUGCAGCCUGGGACUACGUACGACAUUCGAACGAGGGCGCACAACAACGCGGGUUUUUCGGUGGCCGAAUACAGGAUAACGACCCUGCAACCUCACAUCAGCAGCACCGUCCCAUCCGUGGAGAUCGAUCAAUACAUCCCUCAGCACACGUCCGUCUACUCGGAUCUAAAGCUGAUCAUCCCUCUGAUAUUGAGCUCACUGGCGAUCAUCGCCGCCGCCGGUGCCGUUUUCUAUUGUUUCCGUAAACGUCCAUUUAUAGGGGAGAUGGCGAGCCUUCACGACGCCCAGACUGCGGCCGCCUUAGACAAUAAGCAGAAUAUGGAGCAGCGUGAACAGUACUACGCGACCGUGCGCAAACCGCUUCGCUCGCCUAUACACGAGAUGGGUACCUUGGAAAAAAUUCCAGAAUACUCGGAGGACAUCUAUCCGUACGCCACCUUCCAGCUAGAGGAGAGCGUACCACCAGGGGGUGAUAGUCGAUGUAAUUCCGCGGCGCCUCUUCAGACCUUCGUCUAUCACGAUCCCCGUCUGUCCACAGCCGACACUCUUCAAUUACGAGAGUCGGAUUGCAACCGGUACACUAAGGUGCGCGGAGGCCGUUCGUCCUCUGCGCCGUUGCACAAAACGCACAAGGUCAGUCAGGGCAAGUCCGAGUCGGAGGAAUACGACACCCUGGGCUCGGACAGCGACACGGAAGUCGGGACCAGCAGCCGAACCGAGUCUUCAAAUCACCUCGUCGAUUCCCACCACUCGGUGUCUGCGGCCGACUCGCGUGUCCACAACUUCCUGUACCAUGGACCAGAAUCUAGCACGUCUACAGAACCCUCACCGAUUUUUGAGAGAAAAUCGUUUCCUGGAAGGGGAAGAUCCAAGAUGUUACAGCUGGCGCGUCAUACCAGCGAGGAGACCCGUUCCAACUUCGGCCCAAUCUCCGGGUUUGGCAAUUCCAAGCACCAGUCGAGCAAUUCCUGCUCCAAUCGGGACCAGGAGCGUGACGGAUCAGGGAAUCUGUUCGUCCCCAAGCUGGACCCACCCUCGGGCUUCUCCGACGCGUUUGAGCUAAGCGAGGCGGAGUGCGACCUCGAUCGCGGCCACACCAGCCAACGAAACGUCCGUGACUUUGUAAUCGCGGUGUAAAUAAAAAUGAAGAAUUGUAGAGAACGGUGAUACCAAGCGAAACGAACGAAACUCCAUUUCAUUUCAAAUAUCUCGAUGUAAAGGAAAAGAAAAGAAAAGAGAAAAAAGAGGAAUGCACCAUCAUAGGUCCGUCUUUCGUUAAUUUAUUCAUCGGCCAUCGUGGCGAUCGUGCGUGCCCCCCGUUCGUGUUCCUGGCCUAUGUCGAUGGAAAGGAAAAAAAAAAAGAAAAAAAAAAAAAAAGAAAAGGAAAGAAAAAGCGUGGAUCGUAUCCUAGAAACGAAACGAACGUACCUAUCGAACGAACUCGAUCAUGUAUUCUUCGAACUGCCAAUUUUAGUUUUUCGAUCGGAGGAAAGAAAGAACCUGCGACCAUCGUUUAUUCGAUUUUUCGAGUCGAUCGAACUUUUUUAUCGAUUGUCUCGUUGUUGUCACGAGAGAAAACGAAGAUCAUCGUUACAGGAGACUCGUCCCCCCCAUUUUGCGAAUUAGGUAAAUUUUUAUCGCAGGUUUUAUCGAACGACGAUUACGCGCAUAAUUGUUCGAGUUCGAUCAACAACGUCCGUUUUGACGUGUGAGAUUCAUUCGGCAUUAAGACUGCGACAGAUGAGAGCCAUAACUCUGCCACAAGCGCGAGGAAGAUUUUUUUCGACUUCGUGACGAGAAAAGACUCCUAUUAUCUUUUUAAUUAAGAUCAAAGACUCGAAUCGUCGACUAAAUAUUAAUCGUCGAACGCGAAAAUCGUCCUGUUAAGACUACGUUGCAGCAUAAACUCCCACGAAGAAAUACUCGGUUUCCAUUCGAUACCGAGUGCAUAUUCCAAACGAGCAAUACGAGUGUUACGAUUUGUUACGAGUUUACUUGGUCUUCCAAUUUCGUAGAUCGUUUUAUCCACUGAUUUUCGAUCAGUCGUCCUUUUUCAACAAAGAAAAAAAAAAAAAGAAAACGCGAAGCGUGAUCAAAUUCCUUUCGCAAGCGUAUUUCUCGUUCGUGUGAACCAACCAGCCCACGUUCACGCGUGUGUAAUAAAUAAACGAAGCUAGGCCCUGAAAGAACAAAAAUGAUGUUUCGUCGUUGUCAUCGGUGUCGUUUCAUUUACUGCGAGACUGAAAUUUUUUUUUUUUUUAAGUAGACGAGACGUAUAGAGACGUAAAACUUUAACGUUCAAAGCAAAAUAAGAGAAAAGAAAAAAAAAGAAUAUAAAAUAAAUAAAUAAAUAAAUAAAAUUGUCUGUAAGAUGUCUGUAAUUAUGCAAUGCUGUUAAAUAAUUGUUAAGGUACGUGUUUGUGUACCUCGACACGACGGAAAGAAACGCGACGAACGACGCGGAUCACGAGAAAACGAAGGGAAAUAAAAAAGAUUCGAUACUUGGUUGAAACGAGUUGAAAGCGAUCGUUUCGCCGCGUUUGAAUUUCGCGCGUCGAUUAACGAUCGACGGACCGAGUGAUACGCUACGGGAAACCAGACGACAAAACCAAAAAAACAAAAAACCAAAAAAAAAAA